UCUUCCCAUUGCCUGCCGAUGGACUGCACUCUCCUGAGAGACACCACAGCCAGGAGCUCCUGUGCUCCCCCUGCACUGCCCAUGAAACAGCACAGGAGUCAGUCCUCCAGUGCAAGCUCUGUUUCAGACCUGCAGCUGGAAGGAGGAACUUGCGACCUGUCUGGCAACUCUUCUCCUGCCUCGCCUUUCACUGACGUGUUUGCGACACCCACUGACUGCCAUGCUGCCCAGUGCCCAAUUCAUCACUGUGGGGGGGAAGUAACACCUGAAACCAGACCACGAGACAGACCUCUCAUCCACACAGAGUUUGUGCAUCAGGGGCCUUCAGGACAUCACAAGGAGCGAUUCUUCUCUGACGAAACCCCGCCACCCAUUCCUAAGAAGAAGCUUGUAAGGACUCUUUCUCUGCACAACCCUGCCCUGGAGCACUCCAGCCCCUGCUGCUGUAGAAACUCACAUUGCGAGGCUAAAGACUACCAAGUUCACCACGCUGGAGAAUGGGAGAAAGAGUGCGCCCUCAAGACCCACUAUCUCAACCGCUUCGAUUUUGAGACACUCGAUCAUCAUCUAGAUGUUUCUGGCAGCUUCUACCACCAGGAGCAAGUGUAUGCCGGCAUCCAGAACAGUUACCUUCAGUUUAUGAGGAACACUGUGAGGCACUUGGAGACCAUGGUGCUCUUAGAUGAACAGGAGGUUGAUAUGGUGAGGAGACUCCAGCCUGAGGACUGCCUGCUAUGUGAGGAUGAGCAGCCUAUGAUGAUGGAACAAGAGAUUUUCUUCACUGUGAUUUUCCCUAAAGUCCCUACUCGGUGUCUCUCUGCAAAGGUCAACAGAAAAGGUUCUGUUUUCAUGCAUUCAAAACCUGUGCCUCAUCAUCCCAACACUGAGGAGAUUAUUGCCCAUUUUCCACCACAAAUGACAAAGGAAAAACUGCAGCUCUCACAAAUACCGGCUUCAACAGAUCUAUCACGAGAGGGCAGCACUGAGCCGUGCCAGGAAUCUGACAUCACCAAGGGGUGCCCACUACUCUCCUACCUCGAAAGAGGCAUUACAGUUUCCAUAGUGAGAGAUUUUCCUUGGGGAACGCUUGAGGACUUUGUCCAGGAAGGUGUUUCUCUGUACCAUUCACGUCCGGAUGUGUAUGAGAGAAGGCUUUGUCUGCUGAUGCUCCAGCUAGUGCAGGGUUUGUGUCAUCUGGGAGUUCACGAUGGCGAGCACGGUGAGCUGGCUCCACAAAGGAUUAUGCUGGUAUGGAGGAGCACCAGGAACAAAGGACCGGCAAAGAAGGCAGAAGCCCCUGCGGAGCACAAGCGUGUGAUGAAAAGGGAUUGCCUUCUUAGACACAGCAACGUGGACAAGAACGAAGGGUCAGACGAAGUGCUCUGCGAAAACAUAAGUAUGAGAAAGGUCCACGUGUCGUGGGGAAGAUGGGGUGCGCCACGGGUCGUGAUCAGCCAGGCACAGUGCUCUCAAGACCUACCCUCCAAGGAGCUCCAGCUGGGACGUCUGCUGAAGCACUGUCUGCACCAGGACGCGCACACACGUCCAUGUACCCAGUACACACCUGGUCUGCGUCACCUGAUCCAGCAGCUUACUAGCGAGACUCCCGGACUUCAAGUGGCUGACACAGCAGGUGUUCUUCAGGCUGUACUGUGGGGCCCCCCAGCUGGACUUUUUGAGAGGAACCAAGCAAGCACUGCCACAGUUCUUAACUGGCUGAUGGUGAAGCGCUCACUGCUGGUGUUGAAGCUGGCAGAGAAGGGACUGUUAUUACCUCAGAGUGGCUUAGAUUGGGAGGAUUAUCUCUGCCUGCAGUACCUCUCCUCUACAGAUCCUGAAGCUGUACUAGAGACAGCAGUACAACUGGGCUUCUGCAACACUGUCACAACUACUAAAAUGGCAAAUACCAACACAAAAGUGUAACUGUUGAUAGAAAGCUGUAUAAUGUAUAGCAGUGCUUUCAAAUAAGAGUAUCAAAUGGAGGUCCAAAGUUUUCACCACACAAAAACAUCUAUGCAGUUUAACACAUUUCACUUUUCAUUUUUGAUCCAUUUCUCUGCUCUGAAGUGUUUUACUUAUCAUGUAACUAGGCAUCACUUAUGCAUUUGCUUCUUGCACAUUUAAGCAUCCGGAACAAACAGAUUUCAUAGGAAUUUGUUUGCAGAACACAUUUUAUGCAAUUAAGCAACAUAGCCUUGGUAUGGAGGAUUAUGGUUAUUUUCACCAUGUGCUGCAAUACCUACUUAUAUUGGAUUUUGACAAGUAUUGAUGUUAAUUUGUCUGUUAGCAAAAUUAAAAUGUGUCCAAAAUCAGUGCCAAAUCCCAGAUUUAAAAAAAACACACACACAACCCCUCCCCACCCAACACAAACUUGAUUCAUUUUACUUACUGGAGUCUGGCAAAACGUACACUCAAAGCUGAUGGUUGCCUUGAGGUGAUUUUAAGAUUUGAUUUAAAGUCAGCCAUGCUCCUACUUCAGGGAACACCCACAGGGGAAAAAGCAUACAUGGACAACUGAUUUGUAAACAAGUAAAAUUAAACCACUGCACAGGGUGAGCUCAUUUAUUCUGCACAACAUGCAGAUCAGGCCAACCAAAUGUGGAUCAACAAAAUCCUCAAAGAUUCAUGCACACAGAAACCCAACAAACAGGACAACUCAAGAAAUAGCACUGGAAACAAAACUACUUACAUAACUUUCAAGGCAUGGAAACUUUAGCCAUAAAUAUUACACUCUAAAGAGCAAUAUAUGGAAAUGGAAGAGAAGAACCAGCUA